AUUGCCUGUCGAGACACUUGACAAAUUCCUUUCCUUUGAAGAUGAUCUGAAAAAAAGUGCUGAGACACGUGAAAAUUUGAAAACACAUACAUUACGCGAAAUUGCAUUAUCAAAAGAUAUUCGGGAUGCAAUAAAAGCAGUUAUGCCCACGAUUGUUAAAAAAGAUGUCCAAAAAGAAUAUUCUGGAAAGGGGAAAUUGAAUAAAGGAGAAGGGAAAAAAGAUUUCUCGAAAACUAAUACAUAUUUAUGUAUAAAAGAUGCAAUCAAUUUCAAAUUAAGUAACGUAAAAGAAGCACAAAUUUCCAGUGCGAUAGGAAUUUGGUUAUCGCAGUCGAAUGAUAGAGAGGGAGGACGAAAAGAACGCCAAAACACAGAAAAUAAAGUGAUAGAUAAGAAUAAUGCAACCGAAACAGAGCAGAAUGAAAAAGAAAAAAAUAAAGAAACAGAAGAAGUGCAGGUGAUAGAUUAG